UUCAGAUGGUAUUUCGGUUAUACAUAGUUGUCUUUUGUUGGCUCGUCAUCUAUACUGCAAACGCAAAAGAUCAGUCAGAGAUUUUGUCUCCAGAUUUUGAUGAAGUAAUAAUUGAGAAAUCUAAUUCAUUAAAUCCAAAAGGAGGCUCAAAGUAUGAAAAAAAGAAAGAAAAUUUCAAAGAAAGUGUUAAAAAUGCUAAAGAAAAAGUAAAAGAGAUUGGCAAUAAUGAAAAAUUUGCAGAAAUCAUAGAAGGUAUAAGUGGUGUUGGAGAUGGUUUAACUCAGCUUGUUGGUGGCAUAAGUAGUGGAAGUUGGCAAGAUAUGCUUCUUGGUGGCCUCAGUAUUGUAGGAACAUUGGCUAGUUUAGCAGGUCCAAUGGGAGCUGCACUUUCAACUGUAUUAAGUCUUGUUUCAAUGGUUUUUGGACUAUUUGGGGGAUCUCAAGAAGCAGAAGAAAGUCAAGAAGGAAUGUUAAAACGAGUAAUUGAUGACGCCCUGACUCGUGCUCGUGCAGAUGAAUUAAGAGCAGAAGCAGAGGGUUUGAAGAAGGCAAUUAACUCCAUUCGAAAUUCAGUCAAUCAAUUUCGAGAAGAAAAUUCUAUUACAGAAAAUCAAGCCACUGAACUUUAUAAUCAGGGUUUUCGGGGUCUAACUUUUUUCGGACUACUUAAGUUUCAAAUCAAUAAAUAUUGUGAUUGUGCUGUUGAAAAGUCAGAGGAUGGCGAAGAAGUUAAAAAAGCAAAAGAAAAUUCUGAUCGAUGUUUAGAAUUUCUUAAUCUUUAUGCUGAUUUGUCAAUACUUCGACAACUGUUAAUAGCAGAUAUGGCAAGUCUUGUUGGUUCAGUUGGAUUGAAUGCUACAGCUAUAAAUCUGUUAUCGCUUACAGAAAAAGAAAAGAUAUCAGAUAAAGAAAUAUUACUUUUUUUGUUGGACCCAAUCAAUAAUAAAAAUCAAAGAUUUUGUAUUGCUCAGUAUUUUGGGGUACCUGGUAAAUACCUAACUCUCCAAGCGUAUCUGGCUAGCUUGACUGAAACAUCUAUCGGUGAAAUUGCUACAAAACAUGUUGUUAUUUGUUCUAAAGAACAAUUACUGGGUGUAUGUCACAAACUUGAAGUAAAGAAUUAUGACUAUGGAAAUCUAAGCGGAUGGGGUGGUCACAUCAAGUCUAUUUAUGUCUCAGAUGGUCUGUUUGUAUAUGGCUAUAGUCAUGAUAAGCAAAAAGGUGUUUCAUAUGGGGCGUUUGUAGGACCAACUGUAAUUGGACUUAUACCUGGUAAUUGGUAUUCUGUAAAAGUUGAUCUAAUCUUAAAAAAAGUGAAGCGUGUUAGAGUUUGCGAAAAAGAAAAACUGAGUCAGGAUGGAAGAUGUGAUGAUCUUUCUAUAAAAGAAUAUCCUGAUUUGAAGAUAGUCAGUGGAACUGGUAAAAAUAUAUUGACUGUGAACAGAAAAAAGUGUGUAUUUCCUUUUUAUUAUAAUAAUAAAGAAUAUGAUAAAUGUGUAAAGUUCAGAAAUACAUAUCAGUGUGCAACAACUGUGGUAGAUAAGAUAUCAUCUGGUUAUGAAGAUUGUGAUUUUCCACAAACAUGGUCAGAGAAAAUUGUUUCUUUAUCAAUCCCUGAAAAUGUUCAAGUUAUGCUUUAUGCAGAAGAAGAUUUUAAAGGAAAAAUGUUUGGUCCAUUUAUUGGCGCUAACACCAUCGAUAAAGUAUGUGAGGACGCUAAGACAAAAUCCAUGAAAGUAUCUGAGACCAACUUGAAAUCUUCUGAGAUGGUAAAGAUUUGUCGUGGUGCAUCGUUUUCUGAGAUGUGUGAUUAUAUUAACACAGGAAAUUACAGAAAACUCGUGAUUCAUGGAUGUGAUUGGAGCAAAAAUGAAACUAAAAUUAAAAGUAUGCAUGUUCCUGGUGGACUUGUUGUAUAUAUGUGGCUUAAAGAAAACUUAAGUGGACAAGAGGUAGGACCUUACACGGGACCAAUUUCUGUACCCGUCGUUGAUGGUGGUGAGCCAGAAAGUAACUAUCGAAUUAUGUCUUUAAAAAUUGUGAAAAAAAAACCUGUUGCUUUUAAUUCCGUAAAAAGAAAAUUUUCUGAUAGAAAUCUAAAAAUCAUACACAUACGCUGAAUUAAUAAGAUCGUUAAUCAUUAACAACAAAUCGAACGAAAACAUUGGAUAUGACAAAUGAUGAAUCAGCAAAAAAAUGAUCGAUUGUAAACUUAUUUUAUUAUUUAAUAAGUUUCAAU